ACGCCUAUGUCAUCUUCAACAACACACUGCUGUGCUGACUAUUAUCAUCUUCCAUAUAAUUUUCUGUAUAUUUUAUUAACAUUGAAUUCAGUCUUCAUACCAGCAUGUCUUCAGAUGAUGUCUUUAUUAUUUCGUGUAGAGGUCCAAUACGGAACGCAAAUGACCACUGCUUAUAGAAUUUGCUCCCACACGGACACAUCUACCAUUCAUUAGCUACGUAGCGGCGAUGGCAUCUCUGAGGACGGCACUUCAUGGACGGUUCAUUCAAGCCGUCCCCUACUCUUUGGGGUCGUUGCGGUUUGCCAGCUCAUUCAAGGCCGCAGACCUCACUAUCGAGCGCAACACUGCCGGGAAGCCCAAGCCAGACCCCGCCUCCCUGGUGUUUGGCAAGCAGUUUUCAGACCACAUGCUGACCAUCUAUUGGUCAGAGAAAGAGGGCUGGAAGGUUCCCCAGAUCAAGCCCUUUCAGAACCUGUCGCUGCACCCUGCCACCUCUGCCCUGCACUACUCCAUAGAGCUGUUUGAGGGCAUGAAGGCGUUCAGAGGGGUGGACAACCACAUCCGUCUGUUCAGACCCAACCUGAACAUGGAGAGGAUGCACCGCACUGCAGACCGCAGCUGUCUCCCUUUGUUUGAUAAGGUGGAGCUGUUGGAGUGCAUCAGGAAGCUGGUGGAGGUGGACCAGGAGUGGGUCCCCUACUCCCUAGAUGCCAGCCUCUACAUCAGACCCACCUUCAUUGGGAUUGAGCCUUCCCUGGGUGUGUCGAGGGCCAGCCAAGCCCUACUAUUUUGCAUCGUGGGUCCUGUAGGGCCCUACUUUACCACAGGGGGCUUCAGCCCAGUCUCUCUGCUGGCAGACCCAAGCUAUGUCAGGGCCUGGAGAGGGGGGGUCGGAGCCUACAAGAUGGGGGGUAACUAUGGGCCUACUAUAGCAGUGCAGAAUGAGGCUAUAAAGCAGGGCUGUCAGCAGGUCCUGUGGCUGUAUGGAGAGAAGGAGGAGAUCACAGAGGUCGGCACUAUGAACCUCUUCAUCUACUGGACGAAUGAGGGAGGAGAGAGAGAGUUGCUGACUCCUCCUCUGGAUGGCAUCAUUCUCCCAGGAGUCACCAGACAGUCUCUGCUAGACCUGGCCAGAGAAUGGGGAGAGUUCAAAGUGACCGAGCGCACCAUGGGCAUGAAGGAGCUGCUCGGUGCUCUGGACUCAGGCAAGAUUACGGAGGUGUUUGGUGCCGGGACAGCCUGUGUCGUCUGUCCCGUCGGCAGCCUGCUCUACAAAGGGAAGACCUACCAAAUUCCUACAAUGCAGAAUGGUCCAGACCUGGCCAAGCGAUUCCACAAAGAGCUGACAGACAUGCAGUAUGGCCGGAAACAGAGUGACUGGGCACCACUGGUCGUUUAAUUGGUAGUUUGCACAUGCCAAUCAUAUCGCGACCAGUACCCCGCUCCAUCUUCAAGACCAGCAGCUUCAGCACAACCCAUAAUGCACUCCUUCUGAUAGGCUGGCUGACCGGCAGAGAUGAACAGGUCACGUCUGGAAUUCUUGGUGUUCCUGCGGGGACUUGUAAAGGGAUAGGGUUAGUCUGUCAUUCAAAUGUUGCAACUUGCAUGGAAUACCGACAGUUACACAAUACUGUAUAAGUAAUGCUGUGAAACGGCCGCAGCUUCGGUUCAACCAACCUAGUCUGUAUUUCUGUAUUAGGAACAAAGUCAGUCUUUUUCCUAUGCAGUCCUUUAUCAUACUGUAGCACAGGUUACAGAAGAAAUCGUCCCCCAAGCUUUUUAAUAAACACUACAUGAGAUGGUCUAUAGGGUUGUCCAUGCUAUUAGACACAAACUGAUGUAUUGUUGUAAUAGUUUAAAUAUGCAAUACGCACAACUAUUGUAGGGGAUUACUGUUAAGUUAUUGGUCACUUGCAAUAUGGGAAUAACGUUUUACAGGUACUUAAUAGGAACAAUUGAGUCUGUUAGACAUUUUCACUGGCUGACAUCAGGAAUGUGUUGACUGUACUGUUAUUGUUAAGUGACUGUAGGAACAGAUCAGAUCAAAACCAUGUCACAGGAUUUGUUACUUUCUAAAUGUCACUAUAUAACCUGAGGAAGUACAAUAUGAUUUAAAAUACGUUUUGUUGCUGUAGAACCCAUGUAUAUCAGGCCAGGAAUACAAAUGGUUAUACAUACCAUAUUGACACCAGAGGUGCUUUUCAACAAUCUCCUAGAAAUGAGUUUACACUGACCUUAGUUUGAUUUAAGUUAAGUGUUAAUGUGUGUGACUCAGCAGAAGAAAGUCAGUUAAGUGAUUGUGUGUCUUUCUGGAUUGGAAAGGUGCCACUAAGAAAGUGAUUUUGAAAAGAUUGAGAUUAAAAUGGAGAGGUACAAGUGAACUCAAGCAUGCACAAAGAGGUUUGCUAUAGCUACAUGAUAUACUUAAGCAAUAUGGCCCGAGUUGGCGAGGUAUAUGGCCAAUAUACCAUGGCUAAGGGCUGUUCAUAUGCGCAACGCAGUGCCUGGAUUCAGCCCUUAGUCGUGAUAUAUUGGCCAUAUACCAGAAACCCCUUUGUCUUAUUAAGCAAUAAGGCACGAGUGAGUGUGGUAUAUGGCCAAUAUACCACGGCUAAGGGCUGUUCUUAGGCACGACGCAUCGCGGAGUACCUGGACUCAACCCUUAGCCGUGUUAUAUUGGCCAUAUACCACAAACCCGAGGUGCCGUAUUGCUAUUAUAAACUGGUUACCAACUUAAUUAGAGCAGUAAAAAUACAUGUUUUGUCAUACCCGUGGUAUACGGUCUGAUAAACCACAGCUGUCAGCCAACCAGUUUAUAAUGUAGACUUCAGAGUACGAGAGAGACCAUGUUCAAUAGAUGCUGUAGACUGUCUUACUUCUGCACUAGGUUGUGUGUAAUCAUUAUGUAAACUUAAGGUAACAAUGAGUAGUUAUUUUGUCUGUGGGUUUUUCUUGUCAAUUGGAACAACUGUCUUACCAAUUAUUAACUUUAUGUCCUCACCCUGCUGCUUUCCUUUCUAUUAAUGUAUUUGACUCUUUCAAAUUGCUUGGUUUUCUCCAUUCCUCCCUAAGUGCCUGACCGGGUGUGUGGCCUGUCGUUGUCCUGUGGAUCUAACUUGUUUUUAGUAGUUGCACUAGGCUAUCCUGCUGGAUCUUUGUGUUUUUGUUGUGGGACAGUUACUAGAUUUUUACAAUAAACUCCAUCUGUGUUC